CGGAAGUCUAUCAGCAAACACUGUUGAGCAACAGUACGGUAAGCCUCAAUGUCACGCUAGAAACCUCAAUUUUUGGCUUCGAAUAGAUCGGCUCUCUGGUGAACAUGGGUAAACACUUCGGAGACUUGGCCAAGAUCAGGCAUGUGAUCACAUACAGUCUGUCGCCCUUUGAGCAGAGGGCUUUCCCCAACUACUUCUCCAAGGGAAUCCCCAACGUGUGGAGAAGAUUCACAUCCUCUUUCUUCAAAGUUGCCCCUCCGAUGUCGCUCAUGUACCUGACAUACACCUGGGGCAACAGUGUCCAUCAGCAGGGCAAGAGGAAGAACCCUGUUCAGUAUGAAAAUGAUGAAUGAGCUCCUGCCACUUUCCUGAAAGCUGCCCUCUCUGUUAUUAAAUCCAACUCUGUAUGUUUCACCAAUAAAGAUUUAAAUAUGUGAAA